UGGCGUAAAGAUUUCCCGCCAUGCCGGAGGAUAUGGAGCCGGGCGUCAUCCGGAAGCUGGACGAGGUGGUAGUGAACCGCAUAGCCGCCGGAGAGAUCAUUCAGCGACCUGCUAACGCCCUGAAAGAGCUGCUCGAGAACAGUUUGGACGCCCAAUCGACGCACAUCCAAGUGAAUGUUAAAAACGGCGGCCUGAAGCUUCUCCAGAUCCAGGACAAUGGGACAGGCAUACGACGUGAAGACCUGGAAAUCGUCUGCGAGCGUUUCACCACCUCCAAGUUGGCUCGCUUCGAGGACUUGGCUCAGAUAGCAACCUUUGGCUUUCGGGGCGAGGCCCUGGCCAGCAUCAGUCAUGUGGCCCAUUUGAACAUCCAGACGAAGACGGCGAAGGAGAAGUGCGGCUACAAGGCCACCUAUGCAGAUGGCAAGCUGCAAGGACAGCCUAAACCCUGUGCAGGCAAUCAGGGCACCAUUAUCUCCAUCGAGGAUCUGUUCUACAAUAUGCCCCAGCGGCGGCAGGCAUUGCGAUCGCCGGCGGAAGAGUUCCAGCGGCUGUCCGAGGUGCUGGCCAAGUACGCUGUUCACAAUCCCCGCGUGGGCUUCACCCUUCGAAAGCAGGGAGAGACGCAGCCGGCACUGAGAACUCCAGUAGCCAGUUCCCGAGCCGAGAACAUACGCAUAAUCUAUGGGGCAGCUAUUGCCAAGGAGUUGCUAGAGUUUAGCCACCGGGAUGAGAUGUUCAAGUUCGAGGCCGAGUGCCUGCUCACCCAGGUGAAUUAUUCGGCCAAGAAGAGCCAGAUGCUGCUGUUCAUCAACCAGCGACUGGUGGAGUCGCCAGCUCUCAAGACAGCCGUGGAUGCGGUAUAUGCUACCUACCUGCCCCGUGGUCAUCAUCCCUUCGUGUACAUGAGCCUCACGCUGCCGCCUCAGAAUCUGGACGUAAAUGUGCAUCCCACCAAGCAUGAGGUACAUUUUCUCUACCAGGACGAGAUCGUUGAGCGGCUCAAGCAACAGGUGGAGGCCCGUCUGCUUGGCAGCAACUCCACUAGGACAUUCUACAAGCAGCUGCGUUUGCCAGGAGCCCCGGACUUGGAUGAAACCCAGCCGGGGGAUAAGACGCAACGAGUCUAUCCCAAGGAACUCGUGCGCACCGAUGCCAGCGAACAGAAAUUGGACAAGUUCCUGGCUCCUCUGGUAAAAAGUGAUUCCGGAAUGUCCUCCGGUUCCUCCGAAGAUGCACCGCCUCUGCCAGAUGAGAGUUUUCGGGUGACGGCUGCGAAAAAGUCACGAGAAGUGCGACUAAGCAGCGUGCUGGACAUGAGAAAGCGGGUGGAGAGACAGUGCAGCGUUCAGCUGAGGAGCACCCUCAAGAACCUGGUCUAUGUCGGCUGUGUGGACGAGCGGCGAGCAUUGUUUCAGCAUGAAACUCACCUUUACCUAUGCAACACACGAGCCUUCAGCGAGGAGCUCUUCUACCAGCGUCUCGUCUACGAGUUCCAAAACUGCCAGGAAAUCAGCAUAAAACCUCCACUCUCUCUUAAAGAACUCCUCAUACUGGCACUGGAUAGCGAGGCCGCAGGCUGGACGCCCGAGGAUGGAGAUAAGACUAACCUGGCGGUCAGUGCUGCGGAGAUUCUGCAAAAUAAGGCGCCCAUUAUGCGUGAGUAUUUUGGACUUCGCAUCUCAGAGGAGGGAGAGCUCGAGUCACUGCCCAGCCUGGUCCCCCAGCAUCGUCCUUGUGUGGCCCACCUACCGGUUUACCUCCUGCGUCUGGCCACUGAAGUGGAUUGGGAGCAGGAGGCCCGUUGUUUCGAGACAUUCUGCCGGGAAACUGCUCGCUUUUACGGUCAACUGGAUUGGCGAGAUGGCUCGGUUGGCGCAGGCCAUCCCAGAUGGACCACUGAGCAUGUUCUGUUUCCAGCUUUUAAGAAAUACCUACUGCCAUCCCCACGUCUGAAGGAUCAGAUCUACGAGCUCACCAAUCUGCCUACGCUUUAUAAAGUGUUUGAGAGAUGUUAAUGCAUUCAUUUUUGUGAAGU